AUGAUUUUCGAAACGCAAGAAAGAUUCGAUGACUGGAUCGGAAUCGAAACGUAUGGCGAAGCGGAAUACUUUCGCAGGAAAGCAAGCAUCAAACGGCAACAGCGAAAUACAGACGCCGAGAUCGAAAAACGAGAAGAGCAAAGGCAACGGAAGCUCUUGCGGAAAGAACGGGAAGAGGCGGAAAUGAGGCGCCUGGAAAAAAUGCGCGAAGAAGAAAGAAUGAAAGAAGAAGAGAGGCGAAUGAAUCGAUUCACGGUGCGUUCCUCUUCAUCUGGUUACAAUCGGGGAAGCUCUUAUCGGACGCCACCGAGCACACGCAGUAGAACCUCCUCGCAGGUUGCACGUUUGGAAGAUCCUCUUCCCAACUGCGGUACUUGGUAUUUCAGGCCUGACUUUUCCUUGAUUGGAUCUCCAGUCGAGCGAAAUCGAUACGGAAGACUGCUACCUAUGAAACAGAAGCUGCUGAUCACAUUAAUGUUCAAUCCCUUCGGCAUCCAGAUGAGGAACCUUCGAGAAUUUUACGAUCAAUUCUGGAACGAGAAUCUCCCAUUGGGCACAACCUCGCCGUCGGAACCAAAUGAAAAGCUUCUCAGUUUCCUCCAGACGUACUACCAUAGCUAUCAGAUCGCUCUCUUCGAUGCGAAGGAUUUAAGAAACGUUCACGGCGACGAUGAGUUUGCUUCCGACAGACUCAAGGUUGGCCUUGAACUUCACCGUCAGAUGUGCGUCGAACAUAUUUCGUGUGAUCACGCGGGAUAUUCCCACGAAGAAUUGAUCUCCAAGAAGAAGGAAAUCACAGACAAGAACAAAGCCAUCCGUGACGUUCUUGUCCUUCUUGAUCAGUGCGUUGAGGCUUUCAAGUCAGGCUUCUAUGUGGACGACUUAGAUCUGAUGAUGCAGACGAUAUUUCGCUGGGACAUCGUGAAAACAACUGUUCUUGGACUGGGUAUCACAUGUGCAUCAGUCUGCAAGUCGAUUCUGUCACUUAGACGACAUGAAUCUCACAGCACCCACGGAGACAUUGUGUCUGUCUUGAGCAAUAGAAGACUGGAGGGUCCAGACCGAUACUCGGACGAGAAUCGACAUCCAAUGCUCGUUCGAUACCUCAGUUUUUUCGAAGAGAUAGACGCCGACAGCAUUCACUCGGCUUUUGAAGUCGCAGCGAAAAAAGGGAUUGUCAUCGUCCCCGAAAAUGAGAUUGGCGCGAUAUACUUUCGAUACACAAAAGGGGUGUUACGUGCGACCACAGCACAAGUGAUGCAGUUCAUUCGAGAGAAUAUGUAUAACGUCCUUGGUGAGAUGGAGUAUGUUUUCCCGACGUCGAACCCCAGCCUUGAGUCGUCCAAUGGAGUCUACCUCUUUGAGAACGAAGAGUUUAUUCAUUUAAUCAAGAAUAAAAGAUAUCCGGAAGUAAAGGACAAAAUGAAAGAAGGCCAACGCGUCCAUAUCGGGACUUUUACGCAUUUUGAAAGGAAUAAGAAUCUUGAGGUAAUGCUGAUCUUGGCUGAAAACUUUGAGCUCCGCGAAAACCUGGAUUCCACCAUAAGAGAACGAGUUAUGAAAGGGGAUUUCAAAGUUUGUGAUCGUCGCGAGAUCUUGCCCGGGAUGCCUGUGAUCGCGUGCUUCGAAGAAAAGUAUUGGAGUCGCGCAAAAAUUCGAGGAUGGUCAAAGAAAAUUCCACAGAAUGUGGAAGUUUUAUUUGUCGAUUAUGGCCAAGUAUUGGAUUUGCCCCGCGAGCUCAUUUUAGAAAUCGAAGAUGAUGAGAUGGCUGAGCCUCCCUUGGCUUUGUGUUACAAUAUUGGCCCAUAUGAAGGAUCUUACGACGAUAAAGCAGUGACAUGGUUGCACAAUCUCACGGACGAUAGGCCAGAUCUAAUCAUCAAAAAAAUCAGCGCGCGGGGAAGAGAAGAUGUCGUUGAUCUUCUGCACUGCGACACUAAUUACGACAUUACCAAGAUAAUGUUGGAUUACGCGCGUCAAUGUGCCGAUCGUCGGGCGUCAAAUACAAAUCCGCCGGCCGAACUUCCCAGCUUACACGGUACUCUUGCUGAAGGCAAGAUGAGUCUCAACAAUCCCUCUGAAGUGAGAGAAGUCAUCUCCUUGGGUAGCGAGUGCUCGAUCUACACGAUCAAGUGUUCGUCGCCCGAGUUUAAGACUGAGUAUCAGAUUGAGCUCUCAUACGUUAGAUCCCAUCGGGGGGUUUUCAUCUCCAAUCAUAUGCUUAUAAUGUAUAAGCUGUCUUGCUCGCAAGAGUAUCAAAAGAUCUUUGAUGAUAUCGGAGUUGUAUCUUGCGACGACUGUUGUUUCUUCACGCAAACGAAGCUUCCCUACAGUCCUAAACCUCACGAGCAAGAGCAGAUAGAAGCAGCGCUUCUGCAUGAAUGUAAUAGUCACGCCUUCUUAUUAUCCAUCGAUGAGUUACUAGACGAGGCAAAAAGGAUAAAGAAGAAACACUUCCUCGCUGUGCUCAAAGAAAUCGAACAACAAGGCUUCAUCCAGAAGAUGGCUGAGAAAGAUCCCUAUGAUGUUGAUGGGUUGGAUCUGAAUGGAAACAACAAUGGGGAACUCCCGAUCCCUGAUUACUGGAUCGAGUAA